AUGUCGCUCCCGGAAACUAUCGUGGUAAUAGGAGCUGGGGUGGUUGGUCUUUCGGUGGCCUCAUGCAUCCAACAGCACCUGCAGAGCUCGCAGUCAGUCCUGCUGGUGGCCCGGGAAUUCCCCUCGGACACGUCGAUCAACUAUGCCUCCCCAUGGGCCGGUGCGCAUUAUCGCCCCGUUCCUGGCACAUCGCCGCAAGCACUCCGCGAGGCGAUGCAAGCUCAGCGAACAUACAGGUAUUUUCAACGUAUAGCCGCUGAUGAGCCCGCUGCCGGGGUCCAAACCAUCCCGGGCGUUGAACACCUGGAGGCGCCGCCGCCAGAGUACCUCGAUCACCCGAGCGUCCAGCAUAUCUACGGCCAUCUAGAUGGUAUCCGCUUCCUGGAUGCCGCGGACCUCCCACUCGGUGUGAAAUGGGGCACUAAACAAUACACACUCGCCCAUAUCAACGAGGCUUUCACGCUGGCCGACAAUGUGAAAACAGUGGUGAACUGUUCAGGCAUGGGAUUUGCCGACCCGAAGGUCUUCCCCAUCCGCGGACAAACAUGCCUCGUCCGCAACCCCGUCUCCGCAACUAUCACGCGCCAAAACUUGGACGGGUCAUGGUCCUUUUGCAUCCCGCGCCCGCUGGACGGUGGCACCAUCAUCGGCGGCACCAAGCAGCCGCACGACUGGGACCCAACCCCUUCCCCCGAAACCAGAGCCCAACUCCUCGCCAACGCCGCGAAGUGGUUCCCCUUCGCUCCCGACAGCGGGGGCCAGUUCGAUGUCGUCCGCGACAUCGUGGGCCGGCGCCCCGCCCGCGAGGGCGGAAUGCGAUUGGAAGUGGAGCCGGCCAGCGAAGGGAAAAGCAUCGUGCACGCCUACGGGGCCGGUGGGCGCGGAUUCGAGCUCUCACACGGCGUGGCGGAGGACGUGACAGGCCUAAUGCUAGAGCAUGGCUUGUUGGCCAUCAAGGCUGUUUUGUAG